AUGGUGUCAUUUGGAGCAGACAUGGCAAUUUCGAUAAAUGUGGCGAAACUGUCGAACUUCUCGGACAUUGACGUGUUCAUCGUGAUCUCGUGUCCAUUUGGUGUGUUGAUCGACACUUCCGACUAUUUUCGCCCUGUCCUCUCGGUUUUUGAGGCGGAAAUGGCGCUCAACCCCGACCGAUCGUGGGCCGCCGACUCUGGGUGGAGCGCCGAAUUUUGCGAUUUUUUGGGAGGAUCGAUCGGCCAGCAUAAAACAGGAGAAGAUGAUGGGGUUGACGUGAGUCUGGUGACGGGCCGAGUACGCAUUAAUGGGAGGAGGGAAGAGGAAGGAAAGGACGCACAACAACAGAUUACACUCUAUACCGCUGGCGACUAUUUCAAGGAGCGAACGUGGCACGGGCUGGAUAAUAGCGUUCGAUUCGAGGAGCAGGGAGAGACAUCAAUCAGCGAGGGAAGAUCGGGUAUCGCUGCCGCCUAUGCCAACGAAAAAAACCCG